UGCAUGUUACAAGAUCAGCUGGUCUAAAAUAUCCAAGAAGUAUAUAAAAACUAGUGGUAGUGCAAUAGUAUACGGCUUACUAAAGCUUAAGUGUAGAUUGUGCUUGUUCUUCACUGUUUUUGCCACCUAAAAAGCAUUGCUUGGAAUCCGUGGCAACGCAGCUUGCAGUUUUGUUUACCUUCUUCCCAUUGAAAAGAGCUUUUGUUCUUGAGGGAGACACCAUGGGUAAACACAAGAGCAAGUUCACCGAUGCUGAAAUCGAGGUGCUUGUGAAGGAGGUCACCGAACAUAAAGAUGCCCUGACCAGUAAAGACCUCAAGGAGUCGUACAGGAUCUGGUUGUACAUCACCAAACAACUCCGGAAAACCUCAGGGAUACAGCGCUCCAUAGCGGACGUGAAACAGCGCUGGCUUGCCCUGAAAGGGUUCCGCUCAAUGAAAACAGUCUUCAAAGAAGAUCAAACGGGUCAGCGAAAGAGUCAACGGAAGAAGACCGUCAAGAACUACAAAAGCCUGUUGUCUCCUGAGGAGGAUGAGGAUGAGGAUGAGACUGAUUACAGCGAUGACACUGCUGCUUUGUUAUCCUGUGUGGUGAAGAGUGAUGAGAGCAGUCAGGCAACUUCCAAUUCCAGUGAAGAAAACAUGAGUCUGCAGUUUGCAGAUGAUCAAGGCCAGUUCCCUCUGGAGUACCCGAACUCGCAGCAACCCUCCAGGGCAGCGCCAGGGCCUCCUCCCCCCUCCAUACCUCCACCACAUCCACACCCCCUGGUCAACAUCAAAUCAGAGGCCCCUGAGCACAAUGAGCUGGGUGGCGGAGGCGGAGGGGAAUGCAGCGUCUCCUCCUCCCGACUCCCCUCGCUCAGCCCCUUCGAGGAGCAGCUCCUGGCCCUCCACCGGGAGCAGACCGCCGCCAUCCGCGAGGGCUUCCGCUCACUGGCGCAUCAGAACCAGCUGCUCUACUCGGAGGUCUGCAGGUCCGGCCGCAGCGUGGCCAAGAUCGCGGCGACGCUGGGUGAGAAGACGGCAAACUCCGCAGUGGUGGCAGAGGAGCUGCUCCGCGUGCAGGAGAGCAUCAGCAAGAGCAUCAGCUCCACCAACAGCCUCCACUCGCGCGUCAUCCACCUCCUGGGCUCCAACUCACAACGGGUGACCGCUGCCGCCGCUGCUGCCACGCCUUCUAAAGAGGAAGCCAGGAGUCCUGUGCACUCCGAAGAGGACGGUAGUCUGGGCCAGCUGAUUCAUGAAAAGAAGUUUGGCCCAGUGGUGACAUUUUGGCCCUGACGUGGCAUCAAAACAAUGACCUGUCGUGUCGUGAUUACACUGUUCCCUUUGAUUUCUUUCACUGCAGCAUUAGGCUGAGAAAAAACACUACUCUCUAUAUCAAGUUGUGAAGGGGACGGACCUAGACACAUCUAGCAUUCCCACUACAUUGGUCAGAACAGAUCUGAUGAAACUUCUGGGAUGGGGAGCAAGAUGUCUCUCCAGCUCAGAAAAGAAGUCCAGAUGCCUACAGCUGAACUCUGGAUAUCACGACCUGGAUGAAUGAGGAUCUUCAUAGGGUGUUUUCAGACGUGGUCCUUUUCGGCCAUUUAAACAAACUCAGACCUGUGACUCUUGAUUUUCUGUGCAUAUGUGAACACUCCAAAGUGUACCCAGACCCCUCGGAAGUGAACAGCACUGAUACCGUUAGCUUAUGAGUCCUGACAAGUUACACUUAUGACUAGGUGUAAUCACCGAAGGAGAGCUCUAGAGGACCAGGUAUGAUCAAAAGGAGGACUGACGCACCAUAAAAGCCCACUGGUACCAGACAGAGCAGCCGGUUCUUUUUAUAAUAGACUCACAAUAUGAACAAAAACAGAACUGAGUCCUUCAGCUGUCGGUUCGCUUUGGACCACUUAAAGAGGACUGGGUUUAGUUCACACCUGGUCCCUUUCAGCCAUUGAUGUGAACUCAGACCUGUGACUGAGCAUUUUCUGUGCAUAUGGGAACGUGCCAAAGUGUACCCAGACCCCUCGGAAGUGAACCGUACUGAGACCUUUGUUGACGUGGUCUCAGUAUGGUUCGCUCAUGAGUCCUGACAAGUUACACUUGUGAAUAUGCUGUAAUCACUUGAGGAAAGCUCUAGACGUACCGGGUGUGAUCAAAAGAGGACUGACACACCAUAAAAGCAGAGGAGGACCAGAAAGGGAAGCCAUUUCUUUUCAUAAUACAGCCACAAUAAGAACAAAAACAGACCCGAGUCAUUUUGCUGUCAGUUCAUUUUUUGGUCCACUUAAAGAGGACUGAGUUCAGUUCACUUAAAGGGGACCCAGGUGUGAAAACGCCCUUAGACACACUGCUGUAGAGUAGAGUAGAGUACUUGUAUUAAUCCCGAAGGACAUUAAGAUAUCUGCCAGUUUACACAAAUAGAGCUGUACAGACUUCCUGCCACACUUGGCGGCACACCAGAAGUGAAAGGAAGAAACAACAUGGGGAGAAGUGAGGAGGGGGAAAAGGCUCAUGACUUCAUACAUUAUGGGGAGUGUGUUGACCUUGGUACACAGUCACUACCUCUGACUGCUAUGUACUGUAUGUUGACCUUGAUAUUGCUGUCCAUGCUGUUAUUCAUGUUAUUCAUGAUAUGCACACUCAGGCCUCAUACGGUAUCUCAUUAUGAUGCUGCUGCUGCUGUAGAUCCCUCAUUAAAAUGGAAAAGGUGGGCCCUGCCUUGGCUCAAACAGUUGGGCACUGCACUGCUACGCAGCGGGGGACCUGGGUUCGAUAUCCGACACAAGGUCAUUUCUUGAUCCUCUCCCAUAUGCAGACAAUGACAAUGAGAGUUGGAGUUUCCCAGUUGGGCUUUCGCUUUCACUUUCAUAUCUCUACCACUCAUUUCCUGUCCCACUCUUCACUGUCCUGUCUAAAUAAAGGUGAAAAGGCAGCAGCAGCAAAAUAAAAAAAUGGAAUAGGUGGCAGCAUGAUCACUUCCGGUGCUCUGCUUGGCUGCAAACCGCGUCCUGAACAUGUCAAGGUCAUUUUAAGUGCGUCUGUAUGUGUGCCCAAAUAAUCUUUUUUGUUUUUUUACCUCUGUGAUGUCGAGUGUUAUGCUUUAUACAGUACAGCUUGGUAUAGCAGCCUCUCUGUCAAAGAUAAAGCUAAAUUCCAACAUCAAAUCAAAAUCUGCUCUAAGAUCAUUGGUCUCCCCAUGGCAAACCUACUCCAGGAAGCUCUGUAUGCUCCGACUGGCCACAUGCAUCCCUGCUGACAUCACACACAUUCUUCAGCAAGAAUAUAAGUUAUUACUCUCAAAUAGGCGUUUCAGAGUUCUCUUCUUUAACCGCAACAGACUUUACCAUUCCUUCAUGCGUCAAUCAAUUUUUCUGUUGAAUCACUCUUAAGACUGUAUGUAUAGUGCUAUCACCCCAUGAUGGUAAUGUCUUGGUGCUUAUGCUCAACAUGCAUGGCACAGGUGCAAAAGUCUUGUGAUGUUAUGUGUAUGUCCUGUGUUAAACAAGUCUUGUUCAGGGAUGCAAUUUCUGUGAAAGCUGACAAUAAGGUCCUAUCGUAUCGUAUGAUAUAAUACUUGGAUUUGCAAGGAGUGUAAUUGAUAUGACAAUCAAUCAACACACUGCUUAACAUCUGAUACAGUAUAUGAAACUGUCAUCUGCAGGAGUUAACCAUGCAGAGGCAUCCACUGUCAGAAAGAUAUGGUGAUGGAGAUGCUCUCUGAGUGAUUGUGUUUUGUAUGUUUACUUUGCUGUUUUUUUUUUCUUCUUUCAGCUCUCAUUUGGUUUUGAUUUGGCUGUUUUCUGGCUGUGUGGAUGGUUCCAUGUUACAUUACAUUACAUUGCAUUGCAUUUGGCAGAUCCUUUUAACCAAAGCAAGCGACUAUGUGGGGGGUGGGAGAAUGGGUUGGGGAUUGUAAUGUUGAGCUGCUUGAUGUUGUUUCCCCUGUUCUUUCAUUCAAAUUGUAAUAAAAAAUGAGUUACAAAAAUGAUAAAUGAAGAAAUAAUGGUGAGCAAUAAACAACAGAAACA